GUAGCCUUCUCGCACGACUCUAGCAAGCUGGCGUUGGCGUCAGGCGAUAACACCGUAAAGGUGUGGUAUGCGAGCAGCGGAGCGUGUCUGCAGACGCUCGAGGGCCACAGCAGUUCUAUCAGCUCUGUAGCCUUCUCGCACGACUCAACCAGGCUGGCGUCAGCGUCAUACGAUGAGACCGUCAAGGUGUGGGAUGCGAGCAGUGGCGCCUGCCUGCAGACACUUGACAUCGAAAGAUCUCUUUACACUCUAUCUUUCGACUCCACCAGCUCUUUUCUCCGAACUGAUAUAGGCACUAUCCCCAUUCACAGCUCUGAAACUUUUAGUGAGGUAGCUAUCGUAGACUCUGAGCUCCCUCUGUAUAUAGGCACAAGCCUCAGCUCCGAUAGCACUUGGGUCAAGCAUGACGGCACGAACAUGCUUUGGAUACCAUCAGAGUAUCAACCUUCAUGCUUUGCCUUGUGUGGAUGCACAAUUGUUAUGGGCGUUGGAUCUGGCAGAAUGUGGAGCUGCAGUAUUGACCUGCGCACCUACAUCUGUUCGUCGCAAAGUGUAGGCAAGAGCUGGUUCCCUUCUCGCGUAUCUUGAUCUUCUAUGUCUAAAGUCCAUCCCUGCAGUUCGAAUAUCCCUCCGCACCAACACAGAGUUUAGAACAAAGUGCUUUGCACUUUAGCGCCGCACAUUUAUAAAGUCAGGGUUGAUCUAAUAACGUUCUUUAGCUAUCUCUCUAUCUGCGCCUGCUGUGCAGCAUAAAAAUUACAGCAGUCUAGGGCAUGCUGUUGAUU